AUGCAAGAUAAACAAGAAAUCCUAGUAAAAAAAGCCAACAAGUACAGAGGCCAAGCUCGUGCCUUUGAAGUAGGAGCAGCAGUGUAUGUUCGUACUGUACGCAACGAGAAGGUAAAUUGGCAGCCAGGUAUCAUUAACAAGGUUAUAAGUCCGGUAACCUACUUAGUUAAAGUAGAGGGCCGCAUUCGGUUUGUUCAUGCAGACCACUUGAGGAGUAACCCGUCAGGCCAAGAUGAUGAUGACGACAUUGUGAUCCAAUUUCCCAGGGAAUUAUAUGAAAAAGCUCAAAAGGUCGUAACACUUCAAAUGACACCUGAGAAAACGUCUGACCAUGAUAGCUCUCCUACCAUUUCAAGACCAAUUUCAUCACCGAGACUUGUAAGUCCAAGACAAUCACCACAACAGAGGAACAAUAGUAUGGAACCUGAGGUACCUAGCCUCCGGCGCUCUCAAAGAAGCCGCAGAGUGCCCCCAAGAAUGGACAUGUAA